GGGGUGCGAACAGAGCUCUGGAAUCCCCCGCUCUGCGUCGUGUUGUCUCUGUUGUCGUCUCCUCAUAUUUUGAUUUUUAACUGUGGCGUUUACAGGUGAUUCAAGAUAGCUGAGAAACUGUUAAAGGGAUAACGAGCUGCACAUUUCAGCAGCUUGACAAGCCAUUCACUCCACUAAACCGGUGUCUCUCGUGACCGCCGCCUCUACCACCGCUUCGACCGCCGCUCCCUCUACCAGACAUGGCCGCCGACGCUGAACAGCCGCGCUCGGAGCUGGAGCAGCUCCAGCAAAAGGCCAACCAGGUCACAGAUGAGUCGCUGGAGAGCACUCGGCGUAUGCUGGCACUAUGCGAGGAGAGUCAAGACGUAGGAGCAAAGACGAUGGUUAAUUUGCAAGCUCAAGGCGAGCAACUGGAUAGGAUCGAGGAGGGUAUGGACCAGAUCAACGCCGACAUGCGCGAGGCCGAGAAAAACCUCACCGGCAUGGAGAAAUGCUGCGGCCUCUGCGUCCUGCCCUGGAAAAAGGGAGGCCAGUUCAAGGAGGACGACGGCACCUGGAAGGGCAAUGACGACGGUAAGGUGGUGAACAGCCAGCCACAGCGUGUCAUGGACGACAGGAACGGCAUGGGACCCGGCGGCGGGUACAUCGGCAGGAUUACCAACGACGCCCGUGAGGAUGAGAUGGAGGGCAACAUGGAACAGGUCAACACCAUGGUGGGCAACCUGCGUAACAUGGCCAUGGAUAUGGGAUCGGAGCUCGACAACCAGAACCGACAGGUCGAGAGGAUAAGCGCCAAGAGCCAGUCGAACGAGGCCCGUCUGAAGCUGGCCAACGACCGGGCCAACAGUCUGCUGAAGAACGCGUAAGGCGGCUCCUCCCGUGCUCUCUGUCCGCGCUCUCCCCGCUCUGUCCCUCCCGGCGGCCGGGCGGUCGGCGCUGCUCGGUGUCCGCUGUCCGCUCCCUGUGUCUGUCCUCUGUCCGUGCCGUAUCCCGGUCUCAGUCCUCCCCGGCCUGGCAGAAUGCAGUGCCGAUAGAUUCGGUCUGGCAGUCUCAAUAUCCUGUCGCCACCGCUUGCCGUCGCUGUGCACUGGUCCUGCCCUCUAUAUAGCCUGACUGCAGACUGGCGCUCUCCUCUGUUCCGCUUCAGCAAGUGACUGCAUCCUUCCCCUGUCCUGCACGGCUGCCUCUGCCGCUCUCAGUCUCUUCUGUGGACCAGCACCACCGCCGUCAUCAACAGGAUCGCACAUCGAAAUCCGCAGCCGCCGGGGGCCCGCGCGCGCUGUCAGGACCCCGAGCUCGAGAGCCGGGGCGCGAGAUGGCGGCGGCGGUGAAGAAACGGUCAUCAAAAUCGCAGAUAACGACUUGUUUGUUACAAACUGUAGGCGAAUUCGUCGCGAGUCGGCGUGACUUGUUGCUUCUGCAUCGCGUGUUGUCGCGUCAUUCGUGUUGUGGUGCCGCGUUGGGGCGCUUUGAGCCCGUUUGUAAGCGUUAGGUAGAUGACACCAUAGUUGGUAGCACACACACACACACACUUCCACUCAUACACUGAAACGUUCCGCCGUUCAGCGUUGGUCAGAAUCUGUGAUGGGUCGACACGCAAUAGAGAUGGCGCUUUCCCGGUCUCGCCCGCCCCGUCCGCGGGUCGGGCGGGGCUGCCGCUCGGGACGGGCGGUUUCCGCCGGCCCGGUGGCACCGUUUGGUUCGGGCGGCCGCACCGGUUGCCGGCCGGGUCCCGUUUGGUUACCUAUUUUGAUGUAUUCAAGUGAUAAUCAGAGUGUUGGCUGGCGGACUUUGUUGCCUUCUAGCGGGACGAACAAAAGACCAGGCCCGCCAGCGGGCAGUUUCGUUGUUUCCGUAUAGCUGGUAGGCGUUUUUAAUGAGCUAUUUAUUGCGGCGCGCUCGAUUGGCAGGCUGUAGAGUAGUGUUUGCACAUGUCUAUACGGCGUCUCUGUAUAAAGUGUACAUAACCCGCUGGUGAGAUAGGUGGCAUUCCUCUUGGGGGGGGGGGGGUCCCCUCGGUCCGCUGGCCGCGGCCGAGGUUUGUUGAGGCGAGGCUUUACGGAACUAUACUGUCUGGUUUACAAAUAUAACCGCUAUAACGGAU